CUGCAUUUUAUAUCCAGACGUCUCUGUGUCUCUGUUGUCCCGUUACAAUCGAUAAAGUUGUUCGGUUACAAUCAUGCGUAAUGGGCACAAAAGUCUCACCACACACGCGUCCCCGCCGUCUGUCUGUCUGUCUGUCUGUAUCUACUGUCCCUGAAUGACCUUGCCGCGCCACUUGACGCUUACGAAGUCUGCCUGUUUGGCCUGCCACUGCUUGCCCAGGAGAUAGAACAGAUGCCUGUCCUCCAGCCGCUGCCGAUUGAAGGCCUGCAUGACGUUGGACACAUCAACACACGCCAAGUCGCCCACACGCUCCUACACACACAGACACACAGACAUCAAUGACUCUAGGUGUCUCGUCAGCUACUGGGUUGUCACACAGUGUACCUUGAUGAAGGGCACAAAGACACGAUAGAAGUCAGCGUCGCCGAAGUCGAGGUAGGCCAGCGACCGCAACACAGACGACAACUCGCCCAACGUGAAACUAUGACCAUGCACACCAGCACCACACCACACCACCACGUUACGGUUGUAUACAUUCUCUGUGGACGGGGGGGGUGUGGUGUGCCGUGCCAGCAAUCCUUACUAGUGGACUCGUUGGCAGAUGUGUUCCCCCAGCCUCUCCAGCACGUUGAAGCGCUCUCCCUCUUCCUUGGCCUCCAGCCACGGCAGCUUGCGCGACACGAAGAACCGGAGCGUGCGGCCACGGGCGUUUUUGGCGCGGGCGGGUGUCUGCCGCCAACUCACCAGACCCUUGAGGUAAAACACCAGGUGGAACGGCUUGGCCAGGUCGGCGUGGAACAGGCGAAACAUGCUGCACACGAAAGAGGGAGAAUACACACAAAGGGGGGAAAUGGCUGCGUGGUUGUGUGGGGCGAAAGGGGUUGCUGGUUGACCGUCUGGUCAUGGCCUUGACGAGGUCUUCGUUCUCAGCGACGAGCCGAUUGGUGGAGAGGAAGUUCAUGGCAGCGGCGAGCUGCAGGGGGUCGAGCUGCUCCACUGCCUGCGGCUCAUGCAGCCGCUUGGCCAGCACCGUCCGCAGCUCACGGUAGUAGUCAGCCCACUCGUGAAACCGAAGCUGCACACGGACCCACACGUGACGAGAGAGACGGGUUCACCGUGAGAUAAUGUCUGUAUGGCUUGCACUGACCAGGAGAAUUGCGUCCAUGACGAUGGCGAUCUGCCCGAGGUCAUACUCCACCACCCGCCCCUCCACGGCCUCUGGCAGGUCCCGCCUCUCCUCAGCCAACCCCGCAUUCACCUCCUUCUCACGCCCCUCGUUCAUCUCCACCUGCCACCCCUCCAGCCCCUCCUCGCCGCCUUUGCCGGCCUUCUUCCGGAUGCGGCUGCCCAGGGGCAGGCCAUAGAGGGACGGCAGCCCACAGCCGUACUCGUAGCUGGGGAGGGCGUAGCGGGAGAAGAGUGCGUCUGUCGGGGCGGCCGUCACGGCAAGGUCCUGCUGCUCCACCUGACCCAGGCCUGCACAGGGAGAGGCGAGCGCCACACAUGCACAUGAAAAUAUCAAGUCUUUGUGUGUCGUCCUGUGCCUGCAUUCAUCCGUACCUAUCUUGGCCUGGAGCCGUUCGUAUUCGCCCAGAAUCUCCUCAGCCACGGUGCGGAAGAAGGUGGAGUGGUUGAACUUGAGCAGCGCGUAGGUGCGCGCGAGUUUGGUCUUCUCGAAGGGCGUGAGCUUGCCCACACACAGCAGGGGGUGCAGCCGGCGGGCAGCGUGCCGCAGCAUCUCCUCGUCCCGCGACUCGAGCGCCGCAUAGCUGUGCAGGAGGUCGAUGAGGCUGCGGGCGGAGAAGGCCACCGCCUCCUCUAUCACCAACUCGGCCACGUCAUUCAUCAACUGAUCGACGCAUCAACGCACCGGACACAAAGGAUGACUGUCCGCCCCGCCAUGUGAUCUGUGCUCACCUCUGUUAACUAUCUAUCUCACCUGAAUGUGUUUGCGGCCGAGUGAUGCGAGUAUGGUGACGAGGCGCGUGACGGUGUCGGUAGGGAGGCCGUGGAAGUCCUGCCGCCCCCUGCGGAUGAGCAGCUGGAUCAGGCUGUCCGAACGACAGCUGAUCUUGGCGUACGAAUCGCCUGACCGAUCCGAUACACGCACACGCACGGUCCACACACACGCAGGAUCCGAUCCAUGCACACGUUGGUGUGCGUGUGUGUACCGAUGUUGAGCAGCUGGUCGAGGUGGGUACGCUCCGCCUCAAAGAGGGGACGAGACGACUCUGUCACCUUAUCCCAAAAGGUCGCCUGACAAACAAACAAACAAACAAACAAGGCCCAAGCAGCGACAGACAGACAGACAUCUGCACUGACAUUCGGCCAGCGCACUCCAUACCUGAUGGAAUCUCUUUCUGGCGAACACCUCGGCCAUCCUCUCGUAGUCAUCGAUGUUGGUCACGCCCCGCCUCCGCAGCUCAGCCGCAUACCGUCGCCAGAGGCCCUCGCUCUCCCCUCCCGCCUCAUACACAGGGAAAUCAUUGUUAACCUUGCUGAGGGAGCCGGAGAGGUUGCCGGUGGCCAGAUCUUCGAAUGCGGGCGCAGCAAAGGCGAACCGAUGAAAGUCAAAGUCAGAUUGGGCAGCUGCCGCUGCUGAUGACUGGCACCGGACAAACGGCAGGAGGGGCGGGAGAGGCCGGGGCAGAGAGCGACAGUGCCGUCCUGGUGCGCUCAACGUCUGCAUCACGGAACGGUGGCUAGG